AUGGAAUGGAUAAAUGUCGAUAUUGUCAAUCCCGGUACUGUGAGUGCAUUCACGGAGUACUAUAGAGAAUUUGUGUGUGGUACAUACACGCCUGUACCAUCAGAGGAAAUUACGAUACCAGAAAACAUUUACAUGAUGAUGAACGAAAAAUUGUGUUGUAAAAACUUGGGGUGGGCAAUUUAUACGGAACAAGAAUUGUAUAAGAACCUUGUCAAAUUAACGCACAACAAAUUUCGAAUCACUGUUUUCUUUCAAUAUGAGCGAAUGAUGUAUCGGGCGUUCGACUUGUUUGCCAAAGGGGUGAAUCUGGUGCAAUCGUUGACAACCAAUAAGUACACCCACGACGGGUUAAAACACUAUUUCGACGCUCUGGUGGCAACGUCCAUCUUCGGGAGAAUCGUUAAAAGCAGAGCGAUAAAAGCGUACCGAUAUAUUGAGCAAGAAUGUUCGGUCGGGCAUAUUAUUUGGUACCUUUCUGUGUUUCUCGGCAAUUGCUCCCGAAUCAACUCGAUCGUAGAUGAUCGGUGUCGGGCUUGUUUAGAAAUGUACCGGGAGAUUGGCUUCAAUUUAGUCGUAGAAAAGUUGGUUGAACAGUCUGAGUAUAUUGCAGUCAUAAGCCAAAACGUUGGGUUUGUUACAGAGAAUUUUCAAGUUAUCAGGAAAACAAUUGAAAAGGGAAACGCCGUCGAGUUUUCUUCAUUCGAACAAAUGUUGCGAACAAUGGAGUCUACCUCAAAAAGUACAAAAGGUAUCAAAGACGACAAAUUUCAUACCAAUAAAAGUGAUUUGCGUCCUAAAGAUUUCACUAGGAGUAAACCGAAUCAAAAACCACAAGCACAGAAGAUUGAGAAGCCAAAGAAAGCACAUAUAGCAUUGAAAAAGAACACCAAAGAAAAAAAAGAAGUAACAAAACCAAAACCUGCGGGUGCAAACAAAGUUGUCUGUAACAUUAUCACGAAGACUUCAAAGCUCCAAAGCAAGUCGAAGAAAGGGAGUGAUAGUAAAGUCGACAAAUUACUGAUGACGUUGUGA